AUGGAUAAAUAUAUUUAUCUUUUUUCUAAUGAAAUCUCCAUGUUAGAAACUGGUUCAGACCGCUGCAAUUUUUGCGGUUUCUUUAUUACUUUUUGGAAUUCGGAUACCUUUCGGUUUUCUUAUUACUUUACUUUUCAGAAUUUGGGUUUAGACUGCUACGAUUUUUGUGGUUUCAUUAUUACUUUUCAG